GAAGCAAAACUAGUAUCUGAGCUCUUCGAGUCCAUCAAUCGCCUCAGAACCUCUCUCUCUCUGCCCCUCUCUGUGAAAUGGUAGCAUCAGCUAUCUCACCGUCUUUAAGUGUCUCUCUCCCUUCUAGGCACAGAGCUUCGCCGCUUUCCUUAUUUUCUCACAGAUUAUCAACGAGAUCAGUAGUAUGUGCCUUGCCGAGUCCUUACAGUGAUUCCUCAGCUAUUGGAUUAUCUAGUAAAAGAUGUGGACUGCCUUUAAAGCACAACGAACAGGAUUUCCGUGCUACUACUAAACCAAGUUAUGGUGCAACAAUAGAAGCCAAAAGGGGGAAUCCACCCAUGAUGCCAGCUGUCAUGACUCCAGGAGGUCCUUUGGAUCUUUCGACUGUUUUAUUUAGGAAUCGCAUUAUCUUUAUUGGGCAGCCAAUCAACGCACAAGUGGCUCAACGAGUUAUAUCACAACUUGUGACACUGGCAACUAUUGAUGAGGAUGCAGAUAUUCUGGUUUAUCUGAACUGCCCUGGUGGGAGCACCUACUCUGUGUUGGCAAUUUAUGACUGCAUGUCUUGGAUAAAGCCUAAGGUUGGCACAGUAUGUUUUGGAGUUGCUGCAAGCCAAGGAGCAAUUCUUCUUGCUGGUGGAGAAAAAGGAAUGCGGUAUGCAAUGCCAAAUGCACGUAUUAUGAUCCAUCAACCACAGAGUGGAUGUGGGGGUCACGUGGAGGAUGUGAGGCGCCAAGUGAACGAAGCAGUUCAAUCUCGCCAUAAAAUUGAUAAAAUGUAUGCUACUUUCACUGGCCAACCUCUCGAAAAAGUGCAACAGUACACUGAGAGGGAUCGUUUCUUGUCUGUUUCGGAGGCUAUGGAGUUUGGUCUCAUUGAUGGGGUCUUGGAAACAGAAUACUAGGCUCAAAAUCAUCCGCCAGAGUUAAUUGUUUUUAUAACUUCAUUCAUCAGAUUGUUCAGGCAAUUCUCCAUUGAGGAUUUAGAAUCGUGAUGUUGCAGAUGAUGUCCUCAACUAGACCCUACCAAUUCUAAAAACUUACUUGAUUAUAAGGUUUCCUCUGUAGAUUCAGAUGUAAUACUGCAUGUGGUGUUAGUGACCUAAAUGUGAAUGCUUAUUACUGAAUUUGAUGUACAAACUUGGGAUUUUAGGCUUUGCUCCAUCUGUUGAAGUGUGGUUUUAGUAUUUUCCUGUUUUUUGAUGUGUUUUGGUUUUAGAAACAAUUUGUUCACGAACUUGAGAAUAUACUAAUUACUGAAUACGAGGCAAUUUGUAAUCGGUGAUUGUUCUUGUA